AUGUGGCAAUCACCAGUGUUGGUCUUGUUGACGAUGUCAGCCUGUUUCGCCUAUCCGGCAUCCGGUGGCCUGGAUGUGGAAAACCUUAGCGCUGGUGGCAAGAAAUUCUUCAUGGACAUGACCAAGCAGGUGAUGGGAGUGCCUUCGUUGAAACCGGAAAAUCUUGCUGCUCAAACAUUUUUCCGCAGUUUCCUCGACAAAUAUACAAAAUUAGAUGAUAAUAUCAAGAGAGAUAUGGAACAACACAUACCAACUGCCACAAAAAUCUUUAAUCAAGCAGCAAAAAAGUACAACGUCGAUCCUCAUCAGGCCUUCCAGAUUCUGUCCACAUUCUUCGAAAACUUCAAGAAAGGCGCCAGUGGUAAUGUUGCACAGCAAGGCCUAAAGAUGGCUGGAAAGCUAUUCGGAAAGAAAGGAAACUAA